UCUAAGCAGGGAUUUGCAGAACUAAAAUUCAGGCCAUGAAGAUAAGUAAGGCUUUAGUGGUCUGUCUCACAGUGGGUUUUUUAGGUCUUCUAGCUUUUGCUCUGGGGUUGACAGCAGAAAUCAAAAGGAUCAAGGUAUCUGAUGUCACAUUCACUUCUUAUCAUGAAUGUACGCACCCAAGAAGUGUGGCUUUCGCUCUUGGUUUGACUGCCUCACUAUCUCUUAUAAUUGCUCAUGUGAUCAUUCAUGUAUCAGCUGGGUCCUUCUGUUGCUGCUAUAGAAAUACUCUUCCUGAUCCAACCUCUAAUAGGAGGAAACUUUCAUGGUUUUCUUGCAGGAACCUCACUGAAUGAUUACAAAAGCAGUAAAGGAAGCACAAUCGUUGGCGCCAAAUGUUACCUGGUAAAGCCUGGAGUAUUUGUUGGAAGUGAGGUUGUGUCACUUGUGAAUGUAACCACUGGGAUUAUCUUUUAUCUCAUGACUGUAUCGGCGAUAAAGAAGAUGGAAGCUGAUAAUGGUGCUACUGGUUAUCCUAAUCCAGGUAAAGGUAUCCAAUUAGCCUAAGCCAGAUUCUACUCGAAUGAGUGUGGCAGAAGCACCAGUUCUUCUGGACAAGAUAAACCCGAAUUCGCAACGACUAAAGUCACUAAACCCUGUUUUGGUCUGGAUAAUGGCCGGAAGCAUGAAUAGAGAUUGGGGCAAUUUAUGCAAAUGGUUUGGCACGUCUUUUGCAGUAGUACCAUUUUGCUGUUGGUCAUCGGAGAGGUUAAUCAUUUUAUUGAUUUUGUUUUUUAUUUUGUAUAGCUUUCAUUUUUCAUUAAUGUAUAAAUCAGCAUUUACCACUC